GCUCUUUCCAUCACUCACUCAAUCGAAAUGUAGGAAUUAACGUCAAAAGUCAUCAAUCUUUAACGUACAAAAUCUCCGUGUAUCAUCUCAAUGUACAAAUAGAAAAUGAAAAAACCACGAAAACGAAACCCAAAUGGGUGGACGCCAUUCUAAAAAGCCGUCGGCCCAAAAAAGACAAAUGACCGAACUGAGGGAAGCAUUUUUGAUGUUCGACAAAAACAAGGACGGUGAGAUAUCCAAGGCAGAGCUUGGUAGAGUGAUGAGGUUCCUGGAUUUCAGGCCGACGGACAACGAAUUGAAUCAGAUGAUCAGAGCAGCCGAUAUUGAUGGAAACGGUACCAUCAACUUUGACGAAUUCUUAGUAAUGAUGACGAAACACGCCCAGCAAAUCGACGAAGAGGAAGAAAUCCGCCAAAUUUUCAGAACUUUCGACAAGCGUCACAAAGGAAUUAUUUAUCCCCAGGAUAUAAAGGCAGUAAUGGCUGAACUCGGAGAAGAAUUGACCCAAGAAGAGAUCGACGCGAUGAUUGUCGAAGUGGAUCCCAACAGGAGUGGUCUAAUAGAUUACAAAAAAUUUGAAAUCUUGAUGAAAAACCUUAUGUAUUCAUAACAAAUAAUUAUAUAUUUAUUCAGCAUUCUCACAAUACUGAAAUAAAAUUAAUUUGGUAAACCUUCUACU